AUGGCUAUAUUCAGCUUCCUCAUCCUGACCUCCUUGUCUAUUGCAGGCCGAGAAGCCCUCAGCGUACCUGAGUGUGGAGCAUAUGCCAGACGACCAGAGUACACUGACAUCACUGUGGUCUGCGGUACAUCUACCAUCGACCUGGCAAUUCAAAUCUGCCCGGUUGUAUACACGGGAUACAACACAAGCCUACUGAUCCUCAACCGUAUUCUGGACAAUAUGGACUGUCAGGGGACUCUGGACACCUCGGUGACCCCUCCUGUGGCGAGGUUCAGCUUCCCCAUCAGAGAGGGAAACGCCUGUGGGAGUAACUUCCUUACCACGAGUGCACCAGGGACAGGAAUAUUUGCUGACUUCUCCAACAUCCAGAGAGUCAAUGUCAGCGGGGCUGUACGAUCCUUUGACCCCACCCCUGGGACGAUCACCUACAACGCAGAGCUCAAGUACUACUACUCAUGUGCUUAUCCACUGGAGUACCUCAUCAACAACACUCAGGUGGAUGUUUCAUCCUCCUCCAUUGCUUUGAAGGACAACAAUGGGAGCUUUAUUAGCACCCUCAACAUGGCCUUGUUCCAGGAUAUAAAUUACACCACACCCCUUGUCUUCCCACCUCUGGGCAUCGAACUGAGAACAAACAUCUACGUGCAGGUGGUUGCAUCCAAUCUGACAUCACAGUACUUUGUUCUUCUGGACCGGUGCUACGCCUCGGUGAAUCCGCAGCCCUUUAACUCCACCAUUUUUAAUCUGUUUGUCUCGUGCUCCAUAGAUCAGCUCACCACCAUGCUUGAGAACGGGGAUAGCCAAAAGGCCCGCUUCUACUUCCCAGCGUUCCGCUUCAUCGAGCAGCAAAAUGAGACCAUCUCCACCUACUAUCUGCACUGCAUCACCCGGCUCUGCGAGAGAAGCACCUGCAGCAGCUUCAAGCAAUGCAACAGGAAGAGGAGGAGCGUACAGUCCACGGGUGUCCAGGAGGGCAUCACUGAGCCGUCUGUGAUCACUGUGGCAAUAAAGGCCAAGACAGCAAACUCGAUUCAAUCCAAAGAAGAGGCGCUGUCUGGUGGCCAGUCUGAGGGCAAGGGCGCGUCCGUUGGCCUGGGCAUUGCUGUGGCUGUCCUUGUUGUGACAGGAGUGGCAGCUAUUGUGAUGGCAGCAUCUUUUUAUCGGAAACUGAAGCGGCUAAGCUAG